AUGGAGAAGGCUCCUGGGCUGGUGACUGCUGCCAUGACUUACUUGAAGCCUCCACUGGCCACAUUUUGUCAGUAUGCCAAGGUUAGCUGGUUCCCCAACCCUGCUGAAAUCUCUACAGCUAUUCAGAGAGGGAAAGAAAUCAUUCAAAGCGCUAAAACUGGUAGCUGCAAACAGCUUACAAUUAAGGAAGCUGUGCUGAAUGAUUUGGUGGCCACUGAGGUGUGGACGUGGUUUUAUAUCCAAGAGACAGAUCAUAGGCAAACAUGGCAUAGUUGGCUAUGA